AUGUUCUUGGGUACUGGCAGCUUAGACCAUCUCGGCCAUUCUGAAACGGUUGCAGCGCCUGAAUUUCACAGAGGUGCGGAUGCCGCCUCCCGCCGAUUCCGCGGGCCUGGGGCAGCGACUUCCGCAUUCUCGUCGACUCCCCGCCGCCUGUUGCUCUUUUCCUCCGCCUUAUUCGGUCUUGUAGCGCUCCUGCGCUUCUCUCCGCACUCCGCGCUUGACAUACGGUUGCGGUAUCGCGCUAGUAACGCGCAGAGCUCCGCCCCUUCUCAUAUUACGCGGGGUUACAUAGACAGCGCGGAACAAGCCCCAUGGGAGGAAGCUGAGACAUCCGCGGACGGGCUGCGCGGAUCCGCGGGAUACGCGGUGAAUCCUGGCCUCGCGCCACGCGAUCGGAAGGAGGGGGGCAGCCGCGAAGGGCGGCGGAAUUUUCGGCGAGAACUGUUGUAUGUGGAGUGGCGCGCGCGCGUUGAUGCACUCUCCGCGGAGCGGGCGGAGAAUGGGCCGUGGUGGGCGCGGGGGGAGUGGAGUUGGCCGGAAAAGGGGGAAGCGGAAGAGAGUGGGGAGGAGUGGAGAAUGGAGGAGGAGCAGUGGGUGAGGGAAGAGAGAGAGGGAAAAUUACAGGAUAUGCCGACUGGAGGGAAUGAUGGGGAGAGUACGAGUGAGGAUAUUUUUGACUUACCAGGAGCAAGUGAUGGGAAUGGUGAUGAGUCAGCAAAUCAAGGUGAUGACUCAGCAGAUUACAGAUAUGAGUCAGAAGAUCACAGGGAUGAGUCAGCAGAUAGCAUUGUACCAGGCAGUUUAGGUAGUGAUGGGAGUGUAGUUGUGAGAAAAGAGGAGGAGGGAGAGGUGGAGGAAGAAGGGGAGGAGGGAGAAGCGAAGGAGGGAGCGGAGGAGGGAGAGGAGGAGGAGGGGGACGAUUACGAUGACGAUGGGGAGAGGAGGAGGAGGAGGAGGAGGAGGAGGAGGGGGAGGAGGAGGAGGAGGAGGAGGAAGGGGAGGAUGAGGAGGGAGAGGAGGGAGAUGGGAUCUCGGGAGGGGAGAGUGGGGAGGGAGGGGAGGGGGAGGAGGCACAAGGGAGCAACAUCCAAACCUUUACCCGUGGCUGCUUCAUUCCCUCUCGUCCAUCCUAGCCAUUCAUCUGCCAACCCUACUAACGCUGCUGCAGGCAACUCGCUUGAAGCAGCAGCACCGGGUGCAUCGAAUGUGCUCUUAUCUGAGGCGCCUCGUCUAGGGGAAGCUGAAGAUGUGCCUUUUUCCAAGCCGCCUCAACUAGGGGAUACCGCAGAUGUGCCCUUUUUGAAGCCGCCUAAAUUAGGGGAAACCACAGAUGUGCCCUUUUCCAAGCCGCCUCAGUCAGAGGAUACUGCAGAUGUGCCCUUUUCCAAGCCGCCUCAAUCAGGGGAAACUGCAGAAGUGCCCUUUCCCAAUGCGCCUCGCAUGGGUUCACGGGAAGGGUUGGCUGGGUUACCGAACUGGGCAGUGAUGGUGACGCAGCGGGAGAAGUGGGAGGAGCAGGCGGAGUGGGAGGAGGCGAAGGAGAGGGACAAGGACGAUGCACGUGUGUCGCUGGCACCGCUGGUGGUGACGAUGCGGGGUGAGGGGGCGGGAGAGAAGGAGAUGGAGAGCGGAAAGGAGAGGGAGAGGGAGGAGGCGAAAGAGAGGGGCAAGGAUGAUGCACGUGUGUCGCUGGCACCGCUGGUGGUGACGAUGCGGGGUGAGGGGGCGAUGGGGGAGGAGACGGACAGGGGGGAUGCGGAGAAGGCGAGGGGGGAGGAGAGAGAGAGAGCGCAAAUGAGAGGGAAAAUGGGGUGGGGGAGAGGUGGAAGGAGAGGGGGGAGGGGGAGGAUGAGGAGCAAGAGCGUAUUUAUACAGGACCUGUUAAUAGCGAACAGUUUGGUGCUGCCCCUGUUCCGAGCUUGGAUAUUUAUGCUGGUGGUAAAGUGUUGA